AUGCCAGACCUUGUCCCAGAGAUCCCGGCAGGGCACUUGGAAGAUCCGAUGAGUCAGACAGCUUGGAAGCGUUUUGCCCAAACUGAGCUUCAAAUGGACGAGCUAAGGAAUAUUAAGCAGGCCAGGGUCAUGAGCCUGAGCGAGUCUUUUUCAAACGAAAGCUUUGGAAAUUCUCUGUCCUCAAUGCUGUCGAUGUCGUCGAACAGCCUGAAGCUUUUGACCCAACAUCCAGAAGCUGAUCCGGAAGCCAGGGAUAGUUUGGACGCCAUCCAACGUUUGACAUAUGUACGGAGAGUCAGGAUCGCCCGAUCUGACGACGACCUGAGAGAUGCCAGCUUGACCAAGCUGAAGAGCAUCCUGCUCAUGGAUCCGACGACGACGAGAUUGAAGGAAUUUGACAUUUAUUCGUAUCUAGGACACUUAGAAAGUGGAAAAGCCGGUGCAACAGCAGCAUCGAGCUUCUUGGAGGCCUUGAGAUUCUUGGAUUCGGUGGCGGUUCUAACAUGUGCUGAUCUGGGGUUGGUGUUGUCGCCCCGAGUCACGGGUUUCGCCCACCAACAAUUCCUACGCAAAGCCCCACUCAAGCAAAAAGAUCCAAUGCCAUGCCUGGUAGUGGCCGAGCUGGAGAAACUCUUGCUCAGGCAAGAGGAUAGUGUUCAGACUUGCAUACUGGGACAACUCCUGUGGUGUUUUCAUGCAGCAAGUCGGUGGUCUGAUUCAAUGAGACUUCAAUGUCUGAAGCUGGAGAAGAUCAAAGAUGUGGCGUUGGCUGGUGGAUACCUUCAGGACUUCGUGGAGGAGGUCAGACAUCUGAUGGACCCGUUCCCAAAGCUCGAUGUCCAAAAUUUGGGGACUCACUCUCUGAAGACUGGACUGUUGACUAUGGCGGCCAGAUCAACUGCAGUCAGAUUCAGCAUGGCUGAAAGGAGAACUCUUGGCCACCACAUCAAGCCAGGCGAUCGCUCUGUAUUGACUUACAGUAGGGAAGCCUACACAAGUCUCUACGCGAAAAUUCUGGCGUGCUUCCGGGAAAUACAGCUCGGAAACUUCCGCCCUGACUCGUCGGCCUUAGAGAGAAUAAUCGAGGCUGCGGACACCAUGGCCUCAGGCCCUCCAGUCCAAGUCGACGCUGCCCCUUUGGAAGCAGAUAAAGUGGAAACAGCCGACCUUUGGGAAAUUUCAUCCGAAUCCUCGGAAGAAGAGCAGGGCUUGAUUGGGGUCCUUGAGUCCCAGGAAGAAACGGUUGGUAGGAAGCCAUUCCCGGGGGAACACGAGGUUGACCGAUCGAUUACAUCGGAGUUGUUGUAUAAAGUUGAAGGAAUGUCCGACUUCUUAGCGAAGGUGAUCCGGCACGUCGGCUACUCAUGCAUCACUGAGCACCUCGCUACAGUGUGGGUGUUGGCGAGAAGGGCCUUGUGCAUCAUGCGCGGUGUGCCCAUGGAACACACCUUGAACAUCAGUAUAUCUUCUUUGGGUGCCAUCAACCAGCAUCCAAGAGGUUUCCGAUCACUACGUGAGCUGGACCGAACAACCUUAGAGCUUGAAGCCGAUUUGACCUUGUCAGUGCUGGAAGAAUGGCAACUAGGGGUGGAAGACGAACUGAAAGGAGAGCUGCAGACGAAAGGUUUUGAGACAUUUGGUUCUCUGGCAUUCGCAGUAUCGACAACCCCGCAACAGAUCACAGAUGCGAUUCUGGAUGCAUGGCUCUUGAAGGUCACCAAUAGAGAUCUAAGCCCCUAUCAGACAUCAUGCAUCCGUAGACUGGUGGUGGAGUCCCAUGCCUUAGCAUUAAAUGAUCUGCAAAGAAAGGUUGACCAACCUUCCGAUCCCCAGCUAUCUCAUCGAAAGUUACCCAUGGCAGAACGCCAGACUCGCCAGUUAGAGCAGGAGACGAGGCUGGAGGGAAUCAUGUUCUCACCCGAGGUAACUCCAAGCCAUGCACUGGUGGAUCUUUGCGUGAACAUGUUGGAGCAGAAUGUUUUAACUUGGAUCAAACCGGAGGAGUGUACAUCACGAUCACAGGAGAUCCAGAGUUUGAAGCGCGACCCAAAGGUGUCACUGGAUGCAAGCGGGACCAUCAAGAUCACGUCCAAGACGGUGAACACCACCUGCGCUGUCAGCUCAGAGCUGGACCUUAGAAAUGCUCUGCAACGCAGAUCUCUAGCAAUGGACCAAGCCAAACUCUGUUCAUUUAAGGAGAUAGAAUUGUGGGUACAACAUCUGUUUCUAUCGCAUGAAAGAGCUCAACCAUCAGGCUUUGCUUCAGUCACUCUGCAGCAGAUCAUUGAAUGCGACAAGCAGAUGUUCAUCCGUGCGUCCAACAAUCUAGUUGGCCAGCUGCAGGGUGAACCAGGCAGCUCCAUGACGCCCUUGGACAAGGAAAUCAGGGCGCUGCGAACAUCCCCUGAGUUGAUGCCAUACCUGAUGCCUAUGCCAGUCCGGCCUGCACCCAAGACCAAUCCUAAGCCAGACAAGAGGCUGACAAAAGCGAACAUCUUGUACAGAUUUGUAGUCGACAUCCUCCUGAUCGCCAUGAAAUAUAGGUCAGAAGGAGACGUCUUGGUGGGAACUUGGUACACACCGAUGCAAUUUGUGGAAGAAGCCAGGAACGUUACCCAUCCAAUGGAUGAGAAUGCCUUGGAACACAUCACAAGAGAUGCGAUUGAGUACGUAGCUUGUAAUUCACCAGAGUUAGUGUCCAUUGAGAGGAAGAAGAACUUGUUGAAGGCUAAGAUAUUAGCCAAGCAAUUGGAGGGUCAGGAGAAGAAGUUGCACGAGAACCUCCCAGAAUCGGUUGAGAAAGUGGUCCGAGGGAAGAAAAUCCUACUCUGGCAAAAGCUCUUGGAGCAGUCAGGGUAUGAUGACAUGGAGGUGGUGAAGUUCAUGAAAGAAGGAGUGCCGCUAGUGGGAGCUCACGAUCAUCCUAAGUGCUACCCUCUCAAGAUCAAGCUGGCGUCCACGACGGAAGCUGAGCUCAGAGAUUCAGCCUUGCCGUGCAGGCUUGCCCUGGAGCAUAGGAGGCCCCAAACCAAUGAACCUGGGUUCGCUGAGCACUUGGAGGAGACGGCACAAGAGGAAGUAAGCAUGUCAUUUCUAGAUGGUCCGUACCACUCGGAAGCUGAAGUGACUGGAAUCCUGGGCCACCGUUUGGGGGCCGUACUCUUGGACGAAACCACGGGCUCUAAGCUCGUUGUGCAAGAUAAGGUGCACCGAAGUUUGUUGGAUUUGUGGGCAGAUCAGGACGAGUGUGCCACUCGUACUGCCAUCUUCUCGAUGUAUGACUGGAUCCUGCUUUAUGGCAUUCAGAAACUGCAGAUCCAGCGGGCAGAGGUGGUACCGCAUGGCUGCGAGAGUGUGCUGCGUACGGUUGGCACCUGUGACCGCCAUGCAGAUUUCUCUUCGGAUGCCAAUUUGCUGACGCAUCAGCUGCGUGAAGCAUGGCGCGGCUUCUGGUGGCUGAAGAGGGCUAGCCAGCCAAUGAACGCCAGCAUGACCCUUGUCAUCUUGAAAGCUGUGGGACAAGCAGGAAGUUGCCUGAGUUAUGCUUCUGAGGAGUUGCGCCUGGAUCCAGAGAUCGCCCUGGCUGCGCUGAGCAGCGACCUCCAAGCCUUCGACUUUGUCGGGGACGAGCUUUGGGAGGACGAUACCUUUGUCCUGAAGGCGUGCGCCUCGCACUUGUCGGUGCUGGAGAGAGUAAAGCUGAGUCCUUUGAGCCGCGAGCGGCGCAUCAUGCAGCAAGCGCUGCGCAUGAAUUGGAAUGCGCUGCAAUAUGCCUCGCUGGAGCUGCGCCAAGAGCCUGAUCUCUGUUUGGAGGCGGUGCAGCAGCAUUGGCGCGCGCUGAUUCACGUGGACGAAUCGCUGUGGUCGGACCGCGCCUUUAUGCUGAAGGCCAUUCGCUGCCGUUGGCAAUGCGCCCAGUUCCUGGCGUCGGAGCUCCGGCGCGACGGCGCGUUGUACCUGGAGGCCCUCCGCCGGGAUGUGGCGGCCUUGGACUUUGCGGACACGGCGCAGAGGGGCAAUGCAGCCUUCAUGCUUGAAGCAUUGAAGUUGCAGGACGUUGCUCUGAAGCGACUCACGCCUGCUCUCUAUGAGGAUCCCGGCUUUUGGCUCAGCGUGGUGAAGGAACUUCCGCACGGCUGGAGGUUAGCCUACGAGCAAGGCCCCGUGAGCCUCCGCGACAAUGUGGAGGUGAUGUUGGAGGCAGUGAAGCGCAACGUGGAUGUCCUGGAGUAUGGCACUGCAAGGGUGAGGGCCGAUGCAUCCAUCAUGCAGGAAGCUGUGAAACAGAGCUGGCGAGCAGUGACGCACGCAUCGGCGAAAUUGGAUGUGAGUUCAAUCUUGAAGGCAGUGGAACAGGAUUGGAGAGCUAUCUCCAUUUACUUGGAUCAACUGAAUGGGCUGGAGGAGAUUGAAGAUGUGCAGAAGUUGGUGAAGGCCAACCCCGAAAUCGUGCGCGAUGAUAGGCUGAAGGGAGAGAAAAUGGUGGUCCUACUGGCGGUGAAGCAGGAUGGCAAUGUGCUUCGGUUCUGCACUGACCAGUUGCGAGACGAUGAAGUGGUGGCGUACGCUGCAGUCACACAGACUUGGCGCGCCUUGGAAUUUGUGUCACAACGUUUGAAAGGUGAGGAAGAUUUGGUGGACCUGGCUUUCAAGCAGGAGGGUCUGGCGCUGCAACACGCCGCGCCGGCGCUCCGUGCGCAGCCGCUGGUCGUGAUGCGAGCGAUGAAGCGCAAUGCCGCAGCAUUCCACUUCGCAGAUCGACAUCUCCACAUGGACACGGCCUUCUGGGAACGCCUGAGCCGUCACUUCCCCACGGCCUGGCUUCGAUGGAUGCGCUAUGGCCGCUGGCCGGGCGAGAUUGGGUACCGGCCAAACAAGCCGAGCCCAGGCUUUUGA